UCAGGUCCUGCUCCUCCUUGCCUCGGGGGGCGGCCUGUGUGCACGGUAGAUGAGGAUGGGUCGGCUGGGGAGGAAGACGACGAGCGUGGGGGUGCUGUCGAUGUCGGUCAUGUCGGCCCCCAGCUGGGAGGGGAGGGCGGGGGAGUGGUGCUGGGGGGGCUUGUUCUGCGGGAGAGGGUCGUGCGUCGACAUGUGUCGCGGGGCAGCCGUGAGGUCCGUUAGCGACCGGAAGACAUCCGAUGCAGAUAUAUAGCGCUCCUCAGCAUCACCUAAGGCAAUGAAUGAAUGCACCAACGCAGCGCAGCACGGCACAGCACAACACGCAGAGGUCAGUCAGGUGAGCGACGUGUAUGGGUUUGGCCUGACUGACCUGAGUGGCAUGUCCGCAGGAUGGGCGGGACCAGGUAGAGCUGCUCCACAUAGAAGACCACCCUCUUGCUCGCCAUCUCGCCCGUCACUGCCGCAAACACAGCACCCUCCUCCUCCGAGUAGCAGCUGAGCGUCAUGACGUCCCCUGUCAUGCAGUCGGGCAGCCCCUCCACCUCACGCAGCCCCCCUGCUGCGGCCUGGUACGCCCUCACUCGACCAGUGUCGAACAGCACGGUCACAUAGGGCUCGUUGACGCACGCCUUAACGGCCAGGGAAAGGUCGUCCCCCUCGUUGAAGUCGAUAGACGUCUCAUUAUGGGCGUCGGCCGUCAGGUCCCCCUGGUCGGUCAUGGGGAUGGCGCGCAGUGCGUUUGGGGUGACCUGGACAAGGAGCCCUGUGAGCGCCCCCGCACCCACAGUGCAGCUCUCGCUGUCGAUGUGGAUGUCUUCGGUGACCUCCUCCAGCCGGUCGUCGUCGGCGCUCGUGGUGGCGGACCCCAUGGCCAGCGCAUAGGUGCGCCCCACACCCAGCCGCGCAUCGCUGCUAACCAGCACGUAUGCGUGACGAUGAGAACCGCCCACGUCAUCAUCACCACCACCACCACCACUGUCAGCCGCACGCCUCAGCGAGGCCUGCAUGCUGAUCGACGGCAGCCCAUCGCUCUUGCUGACCUCGCUCCUCUCCCCUCUGGCCGUUAUGUGGCCGUCGACAUCACCCUCCCCUCCCACCUCGCCGUCCUCGUCUCCCCGCUUCCUCUUAACUCCCCCGCCCCGACCACCGCCCGACCGCACAGACAUCUGGUGGCCCACAGGGACGGUCCAGAGGUAGCCGGCGUCCUGUAGGUCAAAUUCCACGAUCGAGUAGGUGGGGACGGUCCGCUGGAUGGCGCAGAGGAGCGGCGGGAGUGCGGGUCUGCCCUCGAGAGUGCCGCCCAUGACGGCUGCGUAGCGCAUGGUGCGGAGUUCCUCGGUGCGCUCGGAGGGGAGGGCGGUCUCCAUGCCCGAGAUGUCGACGCGUCGCGGCCACUCGGCGAGGGUGCGGAGGCUGCCGCUGCAGUCCAGCUGGUCGACCAGUGUGACGUCAUAGUGGGAAAGCUCACAGCGGUUGGCAGACUCACGCUCAUCGCAGAGAGCGAUGUAUUUCUCCAGCUCUCCUCUGCCUUUGACAUCUUGGUCCGAAGUCAUGCCGGCGACGGUUGUGUCGUCUGCCAUGGCGGCCUUGAGCCUCCCAAACCACCCGUUGGCGGGCUUGACCAGCAGCCCCCCGCCUCCGUCCUCGGCCCCGCCAUUAUGCCACCCAGCCGCCCCGAGGCCAGCAUGAAGGAAAAGAGGCGCGGCGGGGGUGCCUCGUGCCGCUGGUUUGGCGGAGAGGGGCACGAUGGUGUGCGUGUGCAGCGGUUGGGGGAAGUCGACCUUCUGCCAGAGAAUGUCGAUGACGCCUUCAGUGGGGUGCGUCACCUGCACAAAGAAAGAAACAAAGUGAGAGGAAUCUUAUAUUCUUAUGGGUCACCCACACCCCCACACACCAACCGCUAUAUUCUUAUGGUUGGUGUGUGUGUGUGUGUGUGUUUGUUGCUUACAAGGUGUAGUAGGAAGAGUGUGCCGUCCCGGAGGAUGGCGAUGAUGCACGACGGUGUCACGUGGCUCCAGCAGAGGCCGUCCAGACGCACACCCAUCUCACUCUUGUCCCUAUCAACCAACAGACAUAUCACAGCGCAAACCAAACAUGGUAACAAGCAAGUCUGCAGACAAGCCAACGAUUGAAGCUAUGUACCUCACCUAACAGGAAGGGUACAGAAGUGUUGCAGCUCGCCCGUGAGCCAGGCCCCCUUGUGCGUGACCUGCACGAACCCCCCGCCUCACCCCCUGCUGUACACCACAACCGUCGGCGAAACCACCAGGCAGCCAGCCAGCACCGACAGCGGCCUCUCGUCGCCCUCCGUCAUCGACCGGGGCACCAGCGGGAUCACCUCUUGAGCAGUCCAUCGGGAGGUCCUCUUGCUGCACACAAUCGGGGUGUGUGUAUCUAGCCAUUGAUGGUGAUGUGCUGGUUGGUUGGCUGGUAACCUACUUUGGACAUGACGGUGACUCGUUUGGCGUCACAGUCGACGGCCGCGAGCAUGAGGCAGCAGGCCCCCCGACUCAUCCCCAGCCGCCCGCACCACACCUGCACACACACAGGCGCAUCCCUGCAUGCUCACAUUAAUGCAGACAGACAUAAGCACCGGUCGGGUUUGGACGAGCAGUGCCAGUGUGAGCUGCGAAGGACCGUCCACAAAGGCAAAGUCGACCUAAGGGCAACGGACAGACAGUUUUGUUCGUUCGGUGGUGAGCGGUUGUGUGACGUGCAGUGCAGGGGUGGCUCAGGUCAGGUCCCCCACCCACCAGUUGGUGCACCCCCAGCUGGGCCUUGAUGGCGACGGACCAGGACGCCCCCACAAACAGGUCACCAGACAAGAGCUCGUGAUGCCUACACACACACAGACACACACACACACACACACACGGAGAGAAUGAGAGAGAGAGAGAGAGAGAGAGGAGAGAGAGAGGCCCACCAUGAGCUUUUCAUGCAACACACGAUAGACGUGGGGCACCUCCCUCUGUCCACCCACCCGGAUAAUUCGGCUUCCUUCUCGACAGCCUGGUCUUGCCUGUCCUGGAUGACGUCGCCACCCAAGGCACCUGCACUGCCGGCUCCCCGACCGCCAU